AUGGCUGCUGCUCCCUGGCUGGAGCACCACGGGUGCGCCCUGUGCGGCGCUGCUGUCGCCCGCAAGGGCGCCAAGUGCGCCGACUGCCUGGCCAAUGUCCGCUUCGAGCUCGGCGGCCGCGAGACGUACGCCCCGCUGCAGAGUGAGAACCACGCUGGGACGUACGCCCAUCAUCCCGGACCAUCGUCGCUGUCUGCAAGCAUGCCGUACCCGCGAGCGGCGGUCCGCGCCACGCCGGUGCCUGCAUGGGCUGCCCGCUCUGCUGCCGGCCCGCCGUCGUCGAUGUCGGCUGCCGCCGCCGCUGCCGCCGCCGCUACCGAUGCCGCUGAUCGCCGCCGUGUCGCCCUCGCCACCCCGCCGCCGCUCUCGAUGCAGUACGAGACCCACGCUUGGCACUCGUCGCCGCUGCAGUCGUCGCCGCCGCGCCCGGCCUCGCCGCUCCUCUCGCCGCCGCGCAUGCCGCCUGGCCUCGGCCCAGAUCCGCCGACCUCACCGCCAACCUCGCCGCCAACCUCGCCGCCAGCAUCCGGCCCGCCGCCACCGACCUCACCGCCGGUGCCGCCGACCUCACCACCGGCUCCGGUCCUCUCGCCGCUCGGCACCAACGUGGCGAGCGGGCAAGCGCCGCCGGGGCAGGGACCGUCCCGUGAGGAGAUGUUUGCGGCGCAGUUGGCGCAGCAAGUCCAGGCCGCCUACGCAACUCGCAAGAAGACCGUGGGAAAGCGCAGCUUCAAGUCGUCGCAAGUCCGCGUCGUUGCCCCCGACCAGGUCAUGAUGCUGGUCAAGCCGCCGGUUCCAAAUUCGCCGCUCACCCGCCUCCAGCUGUACAUGCGCCAGAUGCUGAUGUCGCCGCAGUAUGCCGACGUCUUCUUCUCGGUCGGUUCCGAGACUGUCCACGGUCACCGCGCUGUCCUCGCCAACCACUCGCCAGUCUUUCGCGAGCUCUUUGCCAAGUACCCUGAGCACCGGGCGGUCAUCCCGGUCACCGACACCCGACCGAUUGUAUUCCGCAAGGCGCUCAAGUUCCUUUACAUGGAGAUGACCGAAAUCACCCUCGAGCUGGCCAUGGAGCUGGUCCCGCUCUGUCAGUGGCUGCAGCUCAACUAUCUUCUCCUUAUCUGCGCCAUGCGCCUCGCCCAGAACAUCUCGGUCGCCAACGCCGCCUGGGUCUACGAAGGCGCCACCAAGUUCGGCCUCGCCCCGCUCCGUCGUGUCGCUCUCGACUUUAUCAUUGCAGAGUUCGACUCGGUCUCGCUCACACGCAAGUUCCAGGACCUGGAUCGCGAGCCGCUGGUUGCUAUUAUCUCUGCCCCAUAA